AACAACAUUCUGGUUCCUGGAGAAAAGAAAUGGCGGCCGGAUUGGACAAUUCGAAGACAACCCCUAAAGAUGCCCUUGUAAUGGCAUCAAUAUUAAAAGAAAUGGGAGUCAGCGAAUACGAACCAAGGGUCAUAAAUCAGAUGCUUGAAUUUAGUUACAGAUAUAUCACAGAUGUUUUAGAAGAUGCCAGAGUUUGUUCUCUGCAUGCCUCUAAGAAGCAGAUCGAUCUUGAUGACGUGAAACUGGCAGUUGAGAGGAAACUCGAUCAUUCUUUCACAUCCCCACCACCAAGAGAGUUUCUGCUAGAAGUUGCAAGGAUGAAAAACGGGCAACCAUUGCCACUGAUACAAGAAAAAAGCGGACUGCGGUUACCUCCUGAUCGAUAUUGCCUGACUGGCUGUAAUUAUAGACUUAAAUCUGGAACGAAUGCACAGAAAAAGGUACCAAGCACACACAGAUUGAACGUCAUCACUCAAAAGACUCCUGGCUCAGUACCGCAGAGCAUAGGAGCCAUCAAAUCUGGAAUUUCCACUGCGAGAGAUGCCAUGCUGGCAAACCAAAGGCUUGUGAAUGCUUCGCUUGCUCAGCAAAAUGUCAUGAAAGCAAAUGAAGGAAAACCCCGUCCAUCACUCAACCCAUUGAACAAGGGAAUGAAUGUCGAAAGGCAAGAUGUUUUGAUUAAAACCGAGAAGGCCCCGAAAUCCAGCACUGUGACGUCAUUGCCGUCGAUGGAAGAAACUGCUGCUAGUGCACAGACCUUUCCCAAUUUACUCAAGAGGAAGCGUGAUGGAGACGACGAGGAUUACGACGAGCAUUGAACUUUUCAUCAGUCAAACGACGACAGUAAUCCAAGAGAAAGUACACUAGAAACAGAUUGUAUUUUUUAAGAACAGACCAACGGGAGGUUGCAUUACAUAUGCUUAUCCCGACCUCAUAUCAAAAGCAAAUCUGCUAGUGUCCUGAGCUGAACGUUCAUUUUGUGAAUUUUAGGAUCUUGCAUUCUGAAACCCUACCAAGCACUAGUUGAUCGAUCAGGCAAGGCUAACACCACUUUAAUUGCAUGUAGAACGGUAGUAGUAUGGAAACUAGAUAGGUAGACCAUUUUGCAAUGUAUAAUUUUUUAGGUCAAGUCUCAACUAGAUAAAUGUGUACGUUGGACAAUAAAUCAUGCAAAUAGUCGCUGAAUCAAA